AGCGAGCUAGAGAGCGAGCGGAGCCAGAGCGCUGCGGGCUCACAAAGCGGCCGGACGCGCGGCGGCGGGUGGCAGGAGCGUAGGAGAGCGAGCCGGCGGAUCAGCCUCCUCCGCGACCGCGCCACACGAGCUCCAGCAACUCGGACGCGGGGACCCGGGCCGGCCCCCACGAUGCCGGCGAUCGCGGUGCUGGCGGCGGCGGCCGCGGCGUGGUGCUUCCUCCAGGUCGAGAGCCGGCACCUGGACGCGCUCGCCGGAGGCGCGGGCCCCAACAACGGCAAUUUCCUAGACAAUGACCAGUGGCUGAGCACCGUCUCCCAGUACGACCGGGACAAGUACUGGAACCGCUUUCGAGACGAAGUUGAGGAUGAUUAUUUCAGAAACUGGAAUCCCAACAAGCCUUUUGACCAAGCCCUGGACCCAUCGAAAGACCCCUGCCUGAAGGUGAAGUGCAGCCCUCACAAAGUGUGUGUGACCCAGGACUACCAGACUGCCCUGUGUGUCAGCCGCAAGCACCUUCUCCCCAGGCAAAAGAAGGGAAACGUGGCCCACAAACACUGGGUUGGACCUUCGAAUCUGGUGAAGUGCAAGCCCUGCCCCGCCGCACAGUCAGCCAUGGUCUGCGGCUCCGAUGGCCACACCUACACUUCCAAGUGCAAGUUGGAGUUCCAUGCUUGUUCCACUGGCAAGAGUCUCACCAUCCUCUGUGAUGGGCCCUGUCCGUGUCUCCCGGAGCCUGAGCCACCUAGACACAAGACAGAAAAGAACGCCUGCACAGACAAGGAGUUAAGGAACCUUGCUUCCCGGCUGAAAGACUGGUUCGGAGCCCUUCAUGAGGACGCCAACCGGGUCAUCAAGCCCACCAGCUCUGACGCAGCCCAAGGCAGAUUUGACACCAGCAUCCUGCCCAUCUGCAAGGACUCUCUGGGCUGGAUGUUUAACAAGUUAGAUAUGAACUAUGACCUCCUUCUUGACCACUCAGAGAUCAAUGCCAUCUACCUGGAUAAGUAUGAGCCCUGUAUCAAACCUCUCUUCAACUCCUGUGACUCAUUCAAGGAUGGCAAGCUCUCCAACAAUGAGUGGUGCUACUGUUUCCAGAAGCCUGGAGGUCUCCCUUGCCAGAAUGAAAUGAACAGGAUCCAGAAGCUGAGCAAGGGGAAGAGCCUGUUGGGAGCAUUCAUACCUCGGUGUAAUGAGGAGGGCUAUUACAAAGCCACACAGUGCCACGGGAGCACAGGGCAGUGCUGGUGUGUGGAUAAAUACGGAAACGAGCUGGCUGGCUCCAGGAAACAGGGCACUGUGAGCUGUGAAGAGGAGCAGGAAACGUCAGGGGAUUUCGGCAGUGGUGGCUCUGUGGUCCUGCUAGACGACCUGGAGGAUGAACGGGAGCUGGGACCAAAGGACAGAUUGGGCAAGCUGAGGGUGCACACCCGGGCAGUGACAGAGGAUGAUGAGGACGAGGAUGACGACAAAGAGGACGAGGUCGGGUACAUAUGGUAGUCCCCACCGGGAAGAGGACACGAGGUGCACACAGAAUUGCAAGUCACUUCCUACUCCUGCGUUCGUAUCUCAUAAGACUCCGCAGCACCAAGGCCUCUUCUCCAUUGUUGCUCUCUGUACCCGACCCGAGGUUUGGGAGACCACUUCUUGUCCCCAGAGCAUUCUGGUUUUGCAUACGCUUGUGUGGGAAGAAGGGUGUUGUGUUUUGUUUUUUAGACAGGGGAAUGGCUGGCUGAAUUCGAGCCCCCUUCCCUCCCAUGAAAUUUUUGCAACAAGCAUGUGAUUUAUGUGGGAUUCUGACAGUGCAGGGAGCCCCCACCUUGUAAACGUCAAAGAUGCUUUUUGGUUACCCACACCAGUGGUUAUUCCAGCAUGGUUCCCGGCCUUACGGUGUCUAAGUGCUUUUCUUGUGUCCUGUAGAUGUCGUGGAAAACACACCACACUGUACUUUUCUCCCCCCUAGCCCCACCACCCUGGGUGUUAGUAACUAAAAAUUAGUUUUCAUAUCACUCUAUCUGGCUUCCUACAAACAAGAGCCUUAAUUCAGUCAAGAGUUCCUCUGGGGAAUUGAUUUCCUUAAUAAAAAAUGGUGUCUGGAUGCUUCUCUCUGUACAUGCUUGAAUAUGUACAGAACAGACUACGUGUACAAGGUGCACACACACACACCUCUCAGAAAAAAGUGUUUCAAGAUCCUCUAAAAACUCAUCUGAAAAACAAUUCUAGAUUUAUCAGCCUGUCCAGACCUGGAUCACAAUUUCUGGAAUAAGAAAUUUGUAUCAAAGUCCUUUUUUUGCACUAACAGCACUUGCAGCCUGCAGGCUGAGGAUGCUCCUUCCCCUAUGCAUUAGCAGAGUUCCUGGAAGCCCUUUGAUUUGGAUAAGCCUCUGUCCGCCUAAAUCACUUUUCUUGCAGAAGCCAUGAGACUCCCACAUGGGCAACUUCACAAGCCAUCUCUUUCAUUUCAGCUCCAAGCCCACCCCGGGCUGCAACAAUCCUGUCCGCCACAGGUUCUCACCUUCCCUACCUACGCAAGGGCUUUUUCCAAGGCAUGUCUCCAUAUCAUAUCCCCUGCUCUCCGAGAAGACAAUACCACAGUGUUCCUUAGCAGAAGAAAAUUCCGGAUUCUUAAUCUAAGGUUUUGCUUUUGCCCCAUUUCUAUCCACAGAUCAUAAUGAGGGUCCACGAACUGUACAGAUGUUAUACCACCACUCAUCCUUUGUAAAAAAUCCCACACGGAGGCCAAAAAGAACUUCAUCAUAGCACAGAGAAGCUAGGGUUGGAUUUUUACCGGCUAGUCCUGUCCCCAUCACCUCACCUGCACCAAUGUCAAGAAACCAGUGAAGAAGGCCCUUCGUCAGUGUUUCUUUUCCCAAAGUAAGUUCACGAUUAGAGUCUGUCUCCAAAUUUGGUAGGGUCAUUAUCUCUAUCGUUUUUAGAAUUUCUGACCCUAUCAAAGCUGACUCAGAUACAAAGUACCAAAGACUAGUCCUCAAGUGGUCCCAUUUAGUUCAGUACCAGCCCUUAAGCUCCUGCUCCACCUGGUUUCCAGCUUCCUAGAUACCCUCAUCAGCCACCCAGCAAGGCUUUCUGGCCCACAUUUUUUUGUUGUUGUUGUUUGUUUUCAUUCAUCAUGAAUUCCAGCCCAUCCACAAGACAACCACAUAAAACUCAGGCAAAAAAACACUUUGUACUCUGUCAACCCGCCUCAAACCAGCAUUUUCCAAUCCUAGCAUUGGCCAAAGUGGCAUCAUCUCUGAAGUUAGUCUCAGAUGGGAAAUGAACAUACUUGAUACAAUAAACUUCUUUGGCCUAAUAUACACGGGUACAACCAGGACUGUAGGUAUAGAGAGGCCAGAGGCAAGCUCUGUAUUGGGAUUUCAACUGCAUCAUCCCUGUUUCAAUUUUUUUUUUUUCUCACUUGAACAAAACACCAAGAUCAUAAUUUAGAAAACAGGUGUUUAAUUGCAGCUAAAUUAUAAUAGAGUAUAUAAAAGAAUCAAGACAUUAAAAAAAAAUCUCAGUUUACACCAUCAGAGAAAACCAUUGUUACUGUCUCUCUGAGCUUGGAAAAAUGCACAAGAGAACAAAUUAAAAUCGACUAACUGAUUUCACUUAGAGAAACUUCGAGGAACAGAGAACCACUGAUUUUAAUUUGCCUAAUUAUCUUAUGACAAGUGUCAAAAUGAGAUGACACUUAAAGAUUCUUAGCAUUCACUUAAUGAUGGAGAAGAGUGUGCUCCGUAGUCAGUUCCCAGUAAGCUAACGAGAUGCUCAUUUUCAAAGAUAUUCCAAGAAGAUAUUUUGACUCAUUAAGAUAUUAAAUAAAAAGCCCUCCUAAGACCGGAAACCCAAAAUCAAUGGACCAACCAACAUUAACACCACUUUUCGUGCUUCAACUUUGGCAUGACAGCACUGGAUUUUUAAAGGGCUUUAGUACAAUUUUUAGAAACUUUACCCUGAGAAGUGAAAUUUUUGAUUUCUUCCUUUUGGGCAGGAGCAUUUUUGCUAGCAACUAAGAAUACAUAAGAAUGUUGAUUAAAAAAAUAAUACCAUGAUAAUCGACUACCUUUUUUUGAGACAGUUCAUGAACUGAAUCCUCACCGACUCAUUUUUGGAAACUCUAGUAAAUAGUUUUAUUCUUAUUCCAUAAAUGAUUCUCUUAUUUAAUACCGUUUCCUCGGCAUCCAACUUAAACCCCAGAAUUUUCUUCCACCAUAGUUAGUUGUCUGCCAUAUUAAUGUCUUUUUGUUUCUGCAGAUAUUCUAGGCAUGGGAAUACCUUGAUAUGCAAUCUGAGGUUUUAUUAUCAGUUUCCCCUUCUUUAUGCCCAUUUCCCCACGCCCAGCAGUGAAUGACUACGUGUCUGUCCAGGUCUGCCCCUCUACUUUUCCCAGAAUGCAAUUCACAUUUGUUUUGUUUUCAUUUUUUACCUUGACCACAUUGUACAGUAACAUCUAAGAGCCCUUUCUACAGUGGGUGGUUUUGGUCUUUUUAUACCUUUUUCUCAAAGUCACUGAUGUUUGUCCCUGUUCAAUGUGUAGCAUUGUAAUGAGAGCCCACCAAAUCCUGAGUGUCAUUUUGUUGUCCCUAUUGUAGAUGAAAUAGUGAUGUAGAAAAAUCUAGUAAAUUCUGAAUGCUUUUCCACGUAGACUUAUCUGGAAUGUGAACACGACUCUUUGGUUAAUAGUAAAUGCUUUAACUGUAGUCCUAAGUAGGUGCAUUUCUGUCUGUCUCAAUAAAUUUUAAUUUGUCUGCAA